GCUGUCGAGGCCAGGAAGGAGGGACACGUGUAUAGUGCUGCACAGGGGUGGUCGCGGCCAAGAGGAAAGGCCCCUGCAGCGCUGGGGGAUUGGGCCUGCAGGCAGAGCAGGAGGCGCUCGGAGGGGGUCCUUUCUCGCAGCGGGUUCUGAGCGGGAGGCCCGAGCCGCGAACAUUUGCGGCCCUGAGAGAUCCAGGCGGCUGUGGUGCGGCGCAAUGGAGGAGCUCGAUGGGGAGCCGACAGUCACUGUAAGGGCGCCCCCGAAAGUAUUGUUUGCCUUCAGCGGUUUCGUCACUGCAGGGUUGUCCACUUCUCGGCCGCCUGCAAGGCGCUCGUCCCCUUCCCUCAGAUUAAUUGCCACCGUCCGGAAGUCACAUCGCGAAGCUGCCCGAGUUUGGGUUGCGGUGGUCGCUGGGUUUCUGCCCCUUUGUAUAUUCCGAGUACGUGGUCCUGGAGGCCCCGCUCCAUGCCUUUAACGAGCAGGUUCGAACUAAGCAGAGGAACUGGAGCCUUUUUGUCUCCCAACCGAAUUGAUUCCAGGAGUGAAUUCCCAGAAGAAGCAAAUGUGUUUUGACUGGGGUCCAGGGGAGAUGCUGGUAUGUGAAACCUCUUUCAACAAAAAAGAAAAAUCAGAGAUGGUGCCUGGUUGCCCCUAUAUCCAUAUUAUCCGGAAAGAUAUAGAUGUUUAUUGUAAAAUCCUAAGAAAACUCUUCAACGAGUCCCAUGGAAUCUUUGUGGGCCUUCAGAGAAUUGAAGAAGAGUUUACUGGAAAAUCCAGAAAAGCUCAAUUGGUUCGAGUGAGUAAAAACUACCGAUCAGUCAUAAGAGCGUGCAUGGAGGAAAUGCACCAGCUUGCAAUUGCUGCUAAAGAUCCAGCCAGUGGCGGCCAGUUUAGCAGCCAGAUCUCCAUUUUGUCAGCCAUGGAGCUCAUUUGGAACCUUUGUGAGAUUCUUUUUAUUGAAGUGGCCCCAGCCGGCCCCCUCCUCCUUCACCUCCUUGACUGGGUCCGAUUGCACGUGUGUGAGGUGGACAGUUUGUCGGCAGAUGUUCUGGGCAGUGAGAAUCCAAGCAAACACCAGGACUUCUGGAAGCUGGUGACCAUCCUGGUGCUGCAGGGCCGGCUGGACGAGGCCCGGCAGAUGCUCUCCAAGGAAGCCGACGCCAGCCCCACCUCUGCAGGCAUGUGCCGCGUCCUGGGGGACCUGAUGAGGACAAUGCCCGUUCUCAGCCCUGGUAACACUCAGACGUUGACCGAGCUGGAGCUGAAGUGGCAGCACUGGCACGAGGAGUGCGAGCGGCACCUCCAAGAUGGCACAUUCGCCUCCAGUCCUCACCUCGAGUCUCUUUGCAAGAUCAUGCUGGGAGACGAAGCUGCCCUGUUGGAGCAAAAGGAGCUUCUGAGUAACUGGUACCAUUUCCUAGUGACCCGGCUCCUGUACUCUUGUCCCACAGUGAAACCCAUGGACCUGCACUGCUAUGCCCAGUCCAGCCUGGACCUGUUUCUGGGAGGUGAGAGCAGCGCAGAACCCUUGGACAACAUCUUGUUGGCAGCCUUCGAGUUCGACAUCCACCAAGUGAUAAAGGAGUGCAGCAUUGCCCUCAGCAACUGGUGGUUUGUGGCCCACCUGACAGACCUGCUGGAUCACUGCAAACUCCUCCAGUCUCACAACCUCUACUUCGGGUCCAACAUGAGAGAGUUCCUCCUGCUGGAAUAUGCCUCAGGCCUGUUUGCCCAUCACAGCCUGUGGCAGCUGGGGGUGGAUUACUUUGACCACUGCCCUGAGCUGGGCCGAGUUUCGUUGGAGCUGCAUAUCGAGCGGAUCCCGCUGAGCACGGAGCAGAAAGCCCUCAAGGUGCUGCGGGUUUGCGAGCAGCGGCAGAUGACGGAGCAAGUUCGCAGCAUUUGUAAGAUCUUAGCCAUGAAAGCUGUCCGCAACAAUCGCCUGGGCUCCGCCCUCUCUUGGAGCAUUCGAGCCAAAGAUGCUGCCUUUGCCACGCUGGUGUCAGACAGGUUCCUCAGGGAUUACUGUGAGCGAGGCUGCUUUUCCGACCUCGAUCUCAUUGACAACCUGGGGCCAGCCAUGAUGCUCAGUGAUCGACUGACGUUCCUGGGAAAGUACCGUGAGUUCCACCGGUUAUAUGGGGAGAAGCGUUUUGUUGACGCUGCUUCUCUUCUCCUGUCACUGAUGACGUCCCAGAUUGCCCCCCGGUCUUUCUGGAUGACGCUACUAACAGACGCCCUGCCCCUCUUGGAACAGAAACAGGUGAUUUUUUCAGCAGAGCAAACGUAUGAGUUGAUGAGAUGCCUGGAAGACCUGAUCUCAGAAAGGCCAGCGCAUGGAGAGCCCGAUGCCCAGCAACUCCAGGAUGAUGACAUAGAGACCACCAAAGUGGAAAUGCUGAGAAUUGGUCUUGCACGAAAUCUUGCUCGGUCAAUUAUAAAAGAAGGCUCGUUGGACGGUUCCUGAGGCCAACUCCAACAUGGUAUCUUUGUAAGGCAAUGUAUAUACAUUUUUAAAAGAAUAAAUGUGGUUUUUUUUGCAAAUAUAA